AUGGUCAACUUUGUCAAGGUCCUUUCCCUUCUUGCUGUCGCUGGCGUCAGCUUGGCUGCUCCUCAAUCUUCAUCCGGUUCUUCUCCCUCUGCCACACAAUCCGCUACUUCCUCUGGCAGCUCUUCCUCAUCAUCCACAUCAAGCUCUUCCUCUGCUCCCUCAUCCUCAUCGUCUUCCUCUUCUGGUGGCAAGAGUGGUGGUGGUAGUGUUACCGUUACCGUUCAAAACAAGUGUAGCCAUGGUCUUCAUGUUUACAAGCUCGAUAAUGGCAACACUGGUUCUCCUGAUAAUCAAGAUGUGGGCGCUGGUUCGUCCCAUGACUUUCAAGUUGACGGUGGUUGGUCAGGUCGCUUCUGGGGUUGUGAAGAUGGCAAAUCCGGUUGCUCUGAUUACGGCUCUGCUGUUUCACUUGCCGAGUUCCAAUUCAGCGGCUGGGGUGGCAAGGACUUUUACGACAUUUCAUUCGUCGAUGGUUUCAACUUGCCCAUGAGCAUUUCUCCUGAAGGCAAAUCUGGCUCUGGUUACGAUUGUGGUGCUCCAAAGUGUGCUUCUCUUCCAAAGUGCCCCAAGGGUCUCGAAGGUGAAAAUGGUGCAUGCAAGAGCGCUUGUGCUGCUUAUGGCACUCCUGAAUACUGCUGCACCGGUCAAUACAACUCCCCUGACAAGUGCAAGGCUAGCUCUCUCGCAAAGACUUUCAAGGAUGGCUGCCCUGAUGCUUAUUCUUAUGCCUACGAUGAUGCCAAGAGCACCUUUGCUUGCAGCUCCAAGAAGUACACCGUUGUCUUUUGCCCUUAA